AUGCAACUUGUGACGCGAAUCUUACUGCUGUAUUUAGCGUUCGUCUUUUGCGAUGCAUCAUCGAUACGCGAUUUCUUGUUAGGACAGUAUGAGGAUGUGAUAGAACAUCCUUUUUACAUGACAAGGUCGCAGCCACCUGAGAGAAAGCCAGAUCGCUUUAUCAGCAAUGAGAGCAGGCAGCCGGGCAGCAAGAGAAGGAAUUAUUAUUAUGAAGAUAUACCGAAAACUCCGUAUCCCAGCAACACCCAACCGAGUCACAGGACGACGAUGCCCAUUACGCCGAUGAAGGAUCCGGAGAGCAAUCCGAACAAUAUUAAAUAUCGGCACCGCUUGCAGAGCAGCAAAUCCGUCGUGGCCGGAUUGGACCACCUGAGACCCAUCGACGAGAGGUUCUGCCUAUCCCCUCUGCUCCUCACGAACACCACGAUGUCCAGUCCAGUUCAAUGCGCCCGCACGUGUCGCCCGGGCGAUCGCAGGAUCUGCUAUUACCAUUUCAUCGUGGAAUAUUAUCAGGUCAAUGGAUUUGCCUGCAGAUUGUGCAUUCCCAAUGCGACGAACCAUUUCUGCAGUAAUUGCCAAUGCGUGCCCGCCGACGGUAUCGAGCGCUCCGCACCGGUUGUAAAUAGACAGCUGCCGGGACCGUCCAUCGAGGUUUGCAAAGAUGAUCACGUAGUGAUUGACGUUGAGAAUCACAUGAGCGGCAGCAGUCUGUCGAUUCACUGGCAUGGAAUGUUUCAACGCGGAUCCCAACAUUAUGACGGUGUACCGUACGUGACGCAGUGUCCUAUCACCGGCGGCAAUGCAUUCAGAUAUCAAUGGAGCGCGAGUAAUCCAGGAACGCAUUUCUGGCACGCGCACACCGGUCUACAGAAGAUGGAUGGGGUCUUCGGUAGCAUUGUCGUGCGUCAACCGCCCGAGUACGAUCCUCACGGUCACCUUUACGAUUACGACCUCUCUACUCAUGUUCUGAUAAUGAACGACUGGAUGCAUAAACAAGGAGUGGACUAUUUCCCGGGCAGACGUCUCUCCGAAGUCGGUCAAUUUCCGAACAAUAUACUUAUCAACGGCAAAGGACGUUACACGGAUCCAAAGACCGGUAUGGUCACAAACACCACGUUAGAAGUGAUCGAUGUUGAGCCCGGUAAACGAUAUCGUAUGCGUUUGAUUAAUGCGUUCUGCACGGUUUGCCCUGGUAUGUUCACCAUACAAAAUCACAAGAUAACCAUUAUUGCCACGGACGGUCUGGAUAUCGAACCAAAAACGGUAGAUUCUGUCACAUCAUUCGCAGGCGAACGUUACGAUUUCAUUUUGCACGCCAACCAAUCCGUCGGCACUUAUUGGAUACAAGUUCGCGGCAUGGGUGGAUGCUCAGAGACUCGCGUGCAACAAUUAGCUAUGUUGCGCUACAAAGGCGCUUCGAAAAAACCGCAAUUACAGGCUCCUGCUUACAACGAAGGUCUCCCUCAGGGUCUCGUGUUGAACGCGUUGAAUGCAACCUGCGAGGUACCGCUGGACGAUACAAUUUGCGUCAGCAAUUUAGAGAGUAAAGCGGAGAUAGACAAAAGAAUUCUUAAGAAAGAGCCCGACAUGAAAUUCUAUUUACCCGUCGGUUUUCAGCAGUACACGUUACAAGAAGUUUUUGAACCUAAUCAUUAUCGUAGAUUUAUGGUCGCUGCAGGUAGAGCUACCAUAAACGGCUUAAUGGACGGUAUAUCAUUCAAGUUCCCACCCUCGCCACCUCUUUCUCAGCCAAUGGACAUUCCGGAUAACCAAUACUGCAACAGAAGUACCAUACCGGACAAUUGUGAGGGUGGCGUGUGCACCUGCACGCACAAAUUGGAUAUCCCAUUGAACGCAAUAGUCGAGAUACUGCUGGUCGACGAACUGCAAGCGACGAAUUUGUCCCAUCCAUUACAUAUGCACGGACAUGCGUUUUAUGUAAUGGGCAUGGGACGAGCAGUGAACAAAAGUGUCACCAGCAUUAAUUGGGAAAUCGUGCGGGAAAUGGACGAGCACGAUCUAGUUAACAGGUGCUUUGACAAGCCGGUGAGGAAAGACACAAUCGUGAUUCCGUAUAACGGCUAUGUCGUAUUGCGUUUCCGUGCGACCAAUCCUGGCUACUGGCUGUUCCAUUGUCACUUCAUUUACCAUCAAAUGGUCGGUAUGGAAGUUCUUUUAAAAGUUGGCGAUCAAGAGGACAUUCCGCCGAUUCCAAAGAAUUUCCCCAAGUGCGGGCAGUAUUAUCCGGACAUCGGAUAUAAUAUGUAUCCGUCGUUAUCGGAGAAAACAUUGCCAGAAUAG